UUUGACUUUGAAUAUUUUUACCGCAGAAUGGAUGUUGUUAAGGGAGUGCAGAAGAUGUCAGUGGGACCGCCGCCAGCGGGAAGGGGUGCAGCAUGUCUGACAUGUAAAGGGAUCUGCUCUGGAUUCCAGCCACAUUCCUGGAGGAAGGCAUGCACUGAGUGCCGCUGCAGUCAGGAGGACCAUGCCCUGAGUUCAGAUGUUGAGGAUGAUCGUAAGAUGGGCCAGCUGCUGGCAGACUCCCGCUACGCCCACCUGACAGCUAAGGUCAAGGGAGGGGACGGACAUAGAGUCUACAAACGCAACCGUAUGAUCGUCACCAAUCCUGUGGUGUCACGCAAAGACCCGACUUUCAACACAAUCACCUAUGACUGGGCUCCUCCUGGUCUCACACAGAAACUGGCCAUGCAGUACAUGGAACUUCUCCCUGAGGAAAGACGUCCUGUGUCAGGCACUGAGGGAGCCCUGUACCGACGCAGGCAGCUGAUAAGACAGCUACCUGUGUAUGAUCAGGACCCCUCACAGUGCCACAGCCUGUCUGAGGCUGAGGUGAAGGCCAUGGUGCAGUUUGUGAAGAGCUAUAAGGAGGAGGCACUGGGGGUGGGGGAGGUGGCUCUGCCAGGAGAGGUGGGAACGGCUAAGGAGAACUCAGCCAAGCAGAAGAAUGGAAAAGGUCCUCAGGAACAAGCCAGUCCAGAGCCCACCACCAAUGGAGCAGUAGAGGACAAUGGCAAGAAGAGUGAAUAUCGCUGUACUGGCUGUAAGGAACUGGUUUCACUGGACAGUCCAGUGGUGUAUGCUCAGAGAGCAGGCUACGACAAGCUCUGGCACCCCACCUGUUUUGUCUGUGCUGAGUGUGGGGAGGCCCUUGUGGACCUUGUCUACUUCUGGAAGAAAGGAGUCCUGCUUUGUGGUCGUCAUUACUGCCAGAGCGAGAGACCACGCUGCAGAGGCUGUGAUGAGCUGAUAUUCAUUGAGAUAUAUCAUCAGGAUGCAGAUGGACAAGUCUGGCAUAAGGAGCACUUCUGCUGCUGGCAGUGUGGUCAGAGCCUUAACACCCAGUGUGGCUGCAGCCAACAAGCAAGACCUGUUUAAAAGUCCAGCUUGCCCGUAUACUCUAAACUUCAAACCAGUCAGACCUGUGUGCUUAAGUGCAACAGAGGGCCAGUUCACAUAAAUUUACCCUCGAUAAUUCAUUAGAACCCAUUAACAGCUAUGCACCGUUGAUUAAUAGGUAAUCAUUUUUAAUAACCUCAAGUG